AUGUCUCAAAAAAAGAAUGGGCUGAAUCGACCGGCCCUAGCACAGCUCUCCACUGCUCUCUUCGGCAGGACCUCUGGGGAGUCUGACAAGGACGCGCGCGCCAGCGACGAGGGGUGCUUUGGCGAGGCCCUCUUCGGGGGUCACGCUCCUGCCCGCAGUCUUCUCUUCGGUGACGCCACGAGCCCCUGGAGGGCAGAGAAGUUUGGUUUGCAGGACAACAAUCCCGCCAACUGGGCCGGUAUUCAAACCAACCUGAAGCGCGAAGUCCCGCUCCUGCAGGACCCCGCCGAAACAUUUGAAAGAAUGAAUAAAGUCAUGCAUCAGACGCUUAAGUAUGUGAAGGAGGUGGAGAGCAUUGAUUUUAGUAGCCGUGAGGUGACCGAUUUCAACGGGAAGGUGAUGGAGGACCCAAGGCGAGUCUUUCUCUCGGUGUGCGCUAGCGUGUUGGCAAACUUUUCCUUCAUUGGGCAGAUGGACGUGGAGAAGCUGCUGAGCUUUCUCUCCGCCCUAUUUGAGAGCUAUGCCACAGACAAUGCCUACCAUAACGCCCUUCACGCCGCCGACUCCGUGCAAAUGCUUUUUAUUAUACUGCGCGAAAAACCAGCGAAAUUGAUCUUCACGGACGACGAGAUCAUUGUGGCUUUUCUCGCCACGCUGUCGCUGAGCUUUGUGCACCCCGGAGUUUCAAACGCCUUUUUGGCCCGCAUUGACCACCCCCUCGUUUGGGUGUAUGGGGACAUAACCACCCAACAGUCGGCCAGUCUCACGGCGUUUCUGUACCACCUAAAUCGGGAGGAGAACCGCUUCAUUGACCUCUUCGCAAACAGUGGCACGCAACCCUUUUCUCAGUUUUUGCGGGAGCUGCUCUUUGAGACUGUGCUGAACACGGCCCCGCGUCUACGUGGCUCGUUGUUGCGCGGCCUUGAAAAGUUGGCGGCCGCAAAAGCAGUGGAGCUCAACGAUGUGCCGCUGCUCCUGUCGGCUGUGAUUAUCCUGGCGGAUAACGCCCUGGUGCUGCGCCCACACGCGCAGUUCGUCGCCUUGGCCGGCCGCAUGGUCACCGAGUGGCUGCGCGAGGCCUACGAGGAGGAGCAGCGAAGCAUGGAGCCGCUGGUCCCGAACCUCCGCGGCCAGGUCUCCGAGAACGGACUGGGACUCGUGGUGGACUACUGCAAGGCCUGGCUGGUGCCCGUAAUCACCGCCGUUCGGGCGCUGGUGCCGCAGGACCUCUACGACAACAUGGUGGGGAACACGGAGGCGGCCACCUCCAUGAGUGAGGCGGCGGAGUUUGAGGGGCAGCUGACCCCGUGCAACGAGCGCUGGAACGACGGCAGCGUGCCUGUGAUUGACAUUAUCCGCCGGGUAACGAUGCACGCUACAAGCUUGGAUCGCAAGGCGUCAAAGCGGGCCAUCCUUAACGCGGCCUCCAGCCGGGGGGUCUCCAGCUUCCUGUCUCCGUCCUCCUCCCUCUGCUCCCCGCCAGGCGAGGCCAGGGCGUUUCCCGACCCCGCGGAGCGAAGGGCGAAUCCGCAUACAAGUCGCUGUGAACACUACUUUUCUUUUCUUCGGCUGUAUGACACCUAUGAAAAAGAGGGUCGUCCCGCGUCGGAGUUCGCGGCACAGUUGGUCUUUCUCGCGCUGCAGCUAAAUCACGAAUACAUUGGUAGCUACACGCACAAGGGCGUGGAGGUGUGCUCCAAGAAGGAGUGUGAGGAAAUUGCAAAACUCAUUAUGGAAAAGGAAGAGGCGCCAACAACGGCGGAAGUGAUAGCCUCCCCUCUGCGGGACGGGCAGCAAACAGAUGGAUUUAUCUUGCGCCUGAUGGAAAUGUAUGCUGAGCGCGAAAGAGAAAAGGGUAGAAAUGAAACCCCCGCCUCAAAUCCCACUACUGGGGUGAGGCGUGCGUUGAACUGCUCCAACCCCGUGUAUGGGGGAAUGUAUUCUGGAAAGAAGUCGUGA